UAGUAUUCAACAUAGUAUAAAGAAGAAAUAAAUAAAAAAAAUCCAUCGAACUGUUUACGUUGCUUGCCGCCAGUCGCCACUUGUCAGCUGACUGUCGGCUCGUGUUGACAUGGAGGUCUGCCGUCUGCUCCUCUUCCUGGCGGUGUGUGGUGUGGGAUGGUCUGAGGGGAGGUAUGAGCCUAACUGGGAGUCCUUGGACUCUCGCCCGCUGCCCCCCUGGUAUGAUGAGGCCAAGGUGGGCAUCUUCCUGCACUGGGGGGUGUUCUCCGUCCCUUCCUUUGGCUCAGAGUGGUUCUGGGAGCACUGGCAGGGAUCAAAGUCACAGAAGUACGUGGAUUUCAUGAAGAAGAACUACCCGCCGAACUUCAGCUACCAGGACUUUGGGCCACAGUUCACGGCAGAGUUUUACGACCCCAAGGAGUGGGCGGAGCUGUUCAAUGCUUCUGGGGCGCGCUACGUUGUGCUGACCACCAAGCACCACGAGGGGUUCACACUCUGGCCCUCCCGUCACUCCUGGGGUUGGAACAGUCUGGAUGUGGGGCCGAAGAGAGACCUCCUGGGAGAGCUGGUGUACGCCAUCAGGUCCACCACGCCACACAUCCACUGCGGGGUGUACCACUCCCUCUAUGAGUGGUUCAACCCACUCUACCUCGGAGACAAGUCCAAGCUAUUCCUCACCAAUGACUUUGUGACCCAGAAGACCCUCCCUGAGCUGUAUGAGUUGGUCAACAACUACCAGCCAGACGUGAUAUGGAGUGACGGUGACUGGGAGGCCUUUGACAAGUACUGGAACGCCACACAUUUCCUGGCUUGGCUGUUCAACGACUCGCCGGUGAAUGAGACAGUGGUGGUGAAUGACAGGUGGGGCCGAGGCAUCCCCUGCCACCACGGGUCCUUCUACACCUGUGCUGACAACUACAACCCUGGCAUCCUACAGCCUCAUAAAUGGGAGAAUUGUCUGCCUGUUGAUCGCUACUCUUGGGGCUUCCGGCGCGAGGCAAAGCUGGCCGACCUGCACACCAUCCACGAGCUGCUCACUCAGCUGGCCAUGACCAUCAGCUGCGGAGGCAACAUUCUCAUCAACGUGGGACCGACACGCGACGGCCGCAUUGCCCCCAUCAUGGAAGAGCGGCUGAGGCAGAUGGGGUCCUGGCUGGCCAUCAACGGUGAGGCCAUCUAUGGGAGCCGCCCUUGGAGUCACCAGAAUGAUACACUUACCCCUGGUGUUUGGUUCACCAGUAAGGACGACAUAGUCUUUGCCAUUGUGCUCAGCUGGCCAAAGGAGAACGUGCUGGCUCUUGGCUCAGUGAAGGACACGCCACAAACCAACAUCUCUCUCCUGGGCUACACCGCCACGCCCUACACUCUGCAUGUUGGGUUCCAUCCAACCAGUCAGGGGAUCAAGGUGAUGUUCCCCUCCAUGGCAGACGUCAAGGGGCAGUGGGCUUGGGUUCUGGCCAUGAAGAAUGUUUUACCAGGUCCUAAUGCUCCAGUCCCCCAGACAACCAUGACGACACCCAUUGCCAGCCCCUGAGUGUGGUGUCACUUCUUGUCACAGCACAAGUACCCAACAUUCCAUGCCUGGUUACCCUGCUCCCCUCGCCUCUCCCUCUCCUUGCAAUACCUGAGAGAACCAGUCACUGAAAGAUCGAGGGUAGUGAGUCAUAGAAUAGUUUUUUUUUUAUGUGUUGGGGAAACUAAGCAAGGGUUGAAAAAAUGGCUAAUAAUGUUCUUGAAAACCAUUCAUUAAUUAACUAUAGAUUUUGACUCCCAUUUUUCUCCAUUUUGUGCAUUUUUUGUAUUUUCCGAUAUAUUUUUUUUUUUAGAUUUCUUAAUAAAUAGGAGUUUUACAUUAACGAAUCAAGUCAGAGGAUGCAAUUAUUCAGUCUGACUUUGGAAAUUCAUAAGCUGAAUAUAGAUCGAGAUUAACCCACAUUACUGAGAGCCUGGAUGGAGGGACUUUUAAAUACUAAAGAGACUGAAUACCUUUGUGAACAGCUAUAGAUGAGAGGGAGAGGGGAGAAGAGUACAGAAUAUGAGGCACAGAAUCUUUUUAAUGUGCAUUUUUAUCCAUAGUUAAGGUUUUGGUUAAGAGUCAUGAGAUAUUUGUUUGGUCUAAAAGUUGCCUUAUGAGCCAAGAUGAACAAUAUUUAGGUCCAGCACACGUAUAUGCUGACCACUUCACGUGCUCUGUUGUGUUCUACUGUAUUCAGGUUUUAUCUCAUGUAUUUCACUGUUCUCUGGUAUUAUAUUCUGAGGUCACUUUAUACAAACCACAUAUUCCACUGUAUUUGGGCAUUUCAAGGUUACAUAACACUGGCAUCCUCACGUAUUCCAUUAGUUUCUGGCAUUUUGAGGUCACCUAACACUGGUUUCCUCUUAUUUCCACUGUAUUUUGGUAUUUUAAAGUCACCUAAGAUUGGCUGCCUCAUAUUUUCACUUUAUUCUGAUAUUUUGAGACCAUCUAAGAUAGUUUGUCUCAUGUAUUCUGUUAGUUUUAAGCCCUUAGUUAAGUUUAAUGGCCCCAGAUGAACUGUGGUGCUUGGCUGGAGAGCUAAGAUGGUUCUGGUCAUUGUGUGAUAUUUUGUUGUUGUUUUUCUUAUAGUUUUUAUUGUGUUGUGUUGGCGUAUUGUUGUAUAUUUGUUAAGCAGGCAAGGAAGUUCUUUUUUGGAGUGUAGGUUUAUGUGUUUUCGGUACAGUCGUGGGUGGAGUGCAGGAGUUUGCUGUGCUUUUAUUGUGUUUUGUGUUUAUUUUAUUUUAUUUUAUUUUUAUUUAUUUAUCUUAUUUAUUUUUUUCCAGUCUUGAAUCAUUUGUUUUUUUCCAUUGAUUUUAUUAGUUGUCAGGUUUAUUUCUCUCUCUCUCUCUCUCUCUCUCUCUCUCUCUCUCUCUCUCUCUCUCUCUCUCUCUCUCUCUCUCUCUCUCUCUCUCUCUCUCUCUCUCUCUCUCUCUCUCUCUCUCUCUCUCUCUCUCUCUCUCUCUCUCUCUCUCUCUCUCUCUCUCUCUCUCUCUCUCUCAGUUAGUCAUAUAAUUUUAGACUGAAAAAAGAAGUGAAAAAUACAGAGGCAGUAGAUCAGAUGACUUCAGACUGAGCAAAAAUGAGAAAUACAAUCAGUAGGUCAGAUAAUUUUAGAAUGAGAAAAGUUAGAAUACAGUAUUAGAUUACAAUACUUUAUAUUGAGAAAAAUAAAAAUAUACAGUCAACAGAAUAGUGUACUUUAGACUGAGAGAAAUUAAAAAUAGAGUCAGGAGAUUAGUGUAAUAUAGAUUGAGAAAAUAAAUAUAAAAUGCAGUACCAGGAGAGGAGAGGACUUAGAUUGAUGGCAAACACAAGGCACUGGAGGUGAGUGCAGCAGAUGACUGAGCUUCUGUCCACUUCUGUACUGGAGGAGUUCAAUCUAGUGUGAUUAAUUUGAUUUCAAAAAAAUUACAUCCUUUAAUCCCUUCACCAUGGUCAUCCUUCUGUAACCUUCCUGGCACUGUAAAAACUGUUUGCAUGGAGACAUGGGAGAAAAGAGAGAAAACAGAAGGUUGAUUUUGUCUUUUUACAUUGAUGAGCCCUUAGCACAAAAGUAAUGUUCAAAAGUUAUAGAUAUUAAAGGAGAAAAUCUGUGUAGCUUUGGAAGGGUUAAAGUCAAGAGAGGUUAAGUUUUCUGUGGCUUGAAAGUUGAGGCGUUUAGUUUCAUUGUAGAUUUAGCAUUACUUUUUUUGCAUCGUUUGUUUUCAUUUGAAUUCAUGCUGACUUUGUGUUGUACGGAGCUUACUCCGGAAUUAUAUUUUGCUCUGUGUGGUUUGUUUCACAGAAAUAUUAUCAUUUUUCAAAGUAAUUCACAUGAUGAAAGUUUUUAGCUGUGUUUACUUAGAAAACUAAGUAUUGUUUCCAGCACAUCACAUUAAUAGUGGACCAACCUUUCAAGGCCAAAUGAAUAAGGAAUAUAAAUUGCACUGAGGCAAGACAUGUAUUGGAAGAAGUAUUAAUCAUAGGUGUGUUGCUGGUUACUGUGCUCACUGUGGCAAGUAAUCCAGUGUCAUACAAGUUGCUAUUUUGGUAAUUAUACAAGGUUUGCUGUAUGUUUUAAGAAAGAGGGAGACCAACCACCAGAUGAGAGCAUCACUGUUACUUUGUCUCAUCAGGUGGCAAAAUUAGUGCACUCAAGUUUGACACUUGAGUACAGUAAGCAACGUGUGUCCCAGGAAAUUAUUAGGUCCAGCAUAUUUAAAUGUUAUUUUUUGUGUGCAUUGUUCCCAGUGACUGUCUAUCCAUAUGCAGGGUGAUAUCCCCACUUGGAGACAGCCAAGACAGAACCACUGUAUUAGUCAGCAUUCAUUCUUUGCCAGCCUGUUUACCACACUUAUGUUUUGUUAGACAGCAUGUGUGAGUUUUCAAGUGAGAUUGUAGUUUUAAAGACCCGUCCAGUGAGCUAUUGAGGUUAUUUUUGUGUUUGUUCAUCACUGAAAGAGUUGUAUCCUGCUUGUCAAAAAGUAUUUGACCUUCAGCCCAGAACAAAAUAUGUUGAACUUGAUUCAUUUAUGAUGCUUUGUGCCUCCUGUCAUGCUGCUUCAGGUGAAGAUGUGAGCAGUAUGCGUUACUUAAGCAUGCACAGCGGGGACUAACUCACCUGUAGGCUUGCAAAAAUAAAGGUUUGCAGUAAGAUUUACUGCUAUGGCUGGUGCCACUUUCACCUCUGCUCCAGCUUGUUGCUGAGAAAAGGCCAAGGUUACCUACUUUUGGGAAGGCUUUCUAUGAAUACAUGAAACUUGUAUGUGCUGUGUUUUCUUGCUAUAUCUUUUGAAAUUCAGGUUUGUGUACAAGUGAACUAAAAUAUUAUCAGAA